AUGAUGAAGGCGGCUCCUCCGAUAUCAGCACCAGCGUCAGCGGCGGCGGCGAGGUGUCCAAGAUAUCCACAAUCGACGAAUCCGAAGCUUACCAGGUUUUGUCUCUGA